GACAGCGACAGAUAGAUAGACAUCUCCCUUUCGAGUCGUAAGAAAGAAAAAUCUUCACUUCUUCAUCUUUAUUUACUCAGCAAAAAGCUUAUUGUUACUCGUAUUUAGGUACGAUUAUUUCUAAAUUCAAGCUGAACUGUGUUAUUAGUGCUAAUAUUACUAUAAAAAGCGUGCAAAGUUACACAAACCAAUGAAAUUUUGCGCUCUAUAAAUAGUACCAGCCGUAGUUGGUUCGUUAUUUUGUGUGAUUUUGAUUGUUGAUUAGCCAUAUUGUGAAGGAGCUCAACAAAAAUGGGUCGGCGAGAGGAUCCAGCCUGGACCAAAGGUACGGUAGGCCUGACAAUGGCCAGAGAGCGUGGGGAUAUACAGAGGCAGUUCCAGAACCGAUUGAUGGUAACUAGAGAGAACAUCGAAAGGUUGGGCCUGGAGAACACUCUCCACGGACAUAUGGGAUGUGUCAACUGUCUGGAAUGGAAUACGGAUGGAUCUGUUUUGGCCUCUGCAUCUGAUGACCUUCAUGUAAUCCUGUGGGAUCCAUAUCGCUACAAGACACUGCACAGAAUGAGUACAGCACACACAGGGAAUAUUUUCUCAGUAAAGUUCAUGACGCCGGAUGCGAUAGCGACGUGCGCUGCGGACGGUAUGGUGCGCGUGCGCAGUGUGUCUACGGGCGCUAACCUAUUAGAAUGUUCGUGCCACUGUGGACGAGUGAAGAGGUUGGCCACUGCGCCUGAUGACCGCAAUCUCAUAUGGUCCGCCGGCGAAGACGGGGUUAUACUGCAACACGACAUGCGUUCCCCGCACCGCUGUAACGCGGAGGCGACCAAUGUUCUGGUGAAUCUGCUCAACCACAUGGGGCGGUACGCGGAGGCCAAAUGUGUGGCCGUCAACCCUCGCCGGCCCUACCAGCUGGCCGUGGGCGCUAACGAUUUCUACGUGAGGCUGUAUGAUACGAGAAUGAUCAAGCUGGCUAGACUGCAGCAGGUGAGCUCAAUGUCGUCUCGCAUGAUGUGGGAGCGGCAAAACGUGCGUUGCUCUCGCGCCGGCGCCGGCGACCCGGAGAACAAUGUGCCCAGAAACGCGGUACAUUACUUCGCGCCAGGACACCUUUCCAUAGAGCCCAAUCAACAGACGUUUCCAAAGAAGGUCACCACCUACGUGACGUUCAGCCACGACGGCAACGAACUACUGGUCAACUUGGGCUCUGAACAGGUAUAUCUAUUCGACAUAACUGGCGCCCGUCGCCCCGUCCUCGUGGAGAGUUACAUUAUCCAGCACAACCACGGCAGUCGCUCGGAGGACAAGCAGCAACGGCCCAGGAAUGGAACCAGUAACGGAACCAGCAACCCUGCCCGUUCUGAUCGUUCGCCGGCCACUCCGCCUGCGGGAGAUGUGCAAGUGUUGCCGGAGAGAGUGCAAAGGCUGAAGGAAGCGGCUAACGACCACGUGAACAGACAUAAAUACGCCGAAGCUAUACUUCUAUAUAACGAGGCGAUAGCCGCAUGUCCAGACUGUGCCCUUCUAUAUUCUAACCGAGCUGCAGCCCUCAUGCGACGCGAUUGGUCAGGCGAUACCUACGCGGCGAUACGCGAUUGCUAUCGGGCGAUAAAGUUAGAUCCAGAUCACGUCAAAUCCCACUUCAGACUGGCCAAAGGACUUAUGGAUUUGGGACGAGCGAGAGAGGCGCAUGAAUGUCUUCUAUAUUUUAAGGACAAAUUCCCUCGACAUGCGACCAGUCACGCGGUAUUCCUUCUACAGAAAGAUAUCAAUAUUGCAUUAGAAGGCAUGGAGCAACCACAACCGGACGAAGUCCCGGAAGUUAAAGCUCAGGGUUCAGACAGCGAAGAGCCACAACCCACCAGCGUGCUGGAGAGGCAGCUGCGCGCUGCAGCACUGGACUACGGCCAGAGGUUCCUGGGGCACUGCAAUACUACCACGGAUAUCAAGGAGGCCAGCUUCUUGGGGCCGGAUGCGGCAUAUAUAGCGGCAGGUUCAGACGACGGCAGCCUAUUCAUCUGGUGUCGGAAGUCAGGCAACAUAGUGCGUUGUUUGCGAGCCGACGAGUCCAUAGUGAACUGCGUACAGAUGCAUCCCAACGUCAUGAUGUUGGCCACAAGCGGCAUCGAGACCGUCGUGCGACUCUGGAGCCCUAGAUCUGAGGAGGGCACGACAGAGUCUCGCGUUGUGACCGACGCCGGGGCGGCCGCACUAGCGAACCAGCAACGCAUGCGGGCCGACCCAUUCGUGGGCAUGUUGCUCAACAUGAGCUUCAACUCGCUACACUCGCCCGAGAGAGACCCGCACUCGCCCGCCUGCCGCCCCACGUAAUGUCAGCGUACCAUCGUGGUAACUGUAUAGUGUAAUCAGAACUCUAUAAAGCAACGCGUUGCCGGAAGAAGAAACAGCGAAUUUAACCAUUUGAGGUUUACACUAGUAUGGGGAUGCAACUUCAAGGCAGUCUUCAGACCGGUCACUAAUAUCAACCUUGAUAAACUUCGACAACAAUUUUAGAUUGAGACUAUUUAACUCCAUAUAUUGUGG